GAAGUUUGACAAUGAAUAGUAUAAGGAUAAACUGCAUUGCCUAGUCACAUUUCGUCAUAUAGGAAUGAAGGUUAAAUUCACUUCAAAGUCUGUUUAAAAUGCAUUAUUCGGUUUCUAAACUUCUGAUUGCGGGCUUUAUUGUGUGUGGUCAGGCCAGCACUACCAGCUCCAUACUAUCAGUCACGACCUUGAUUUCUGUUCCGACAUCAUCUUAUAGUUCAAAGAGUUCCUCCACUACUAUAUACCUUACAAGCACAGUGUCUUUCGGGGUUUCGUCUAUGAGCACGACUGCUUCCAGUGGAGUCUCAUCAGGUACAUAUUCUUCCAGCAGGACAUCUACCAGCGGUAUAAUAUCAUCAGUCAUUUCUCCAAUCACUUCAUCUACCUCAGGUAGUGCUCUGCAUACAUUCACUGCUUUCUCUUUGAGUCAUUCUGGCAUUUUUACUUCGCAAAUGUCCGAGUUGGGUUCUAUCUUAUCGAACGGAUAUCAAUCGGAUUCAACUUUUUUGAGCGUUUCUCCAGCUACUACUUUUCCAUCAGAUUUUAGCAUUCUCAGCUCUGUGUCUUCCUCCGAUCCUACUACUAGCACUACAUCUUCAACUUCAUCUACUACGAGCUGUAGCGCAACUCCAAGCAGCACGAAUCCCUGCCCGCAGCUUCAACUCGUCGGAAAUGAUCCCGAGCCGCUUGAAGAGGAUAAACCUAUUACCGAUGAAAAGGGUAUUUGCGACUUCAAUUUUUUUUCCGUAAAACCAUGCAGAAGAACUCAAAUUCUCAAACCAAACGAAAGAUAUAAACGUACAACUAAAACUGAUUUCAAUGUCCAUACUAGUUGCAGAAUGCGAAAAUUGGUUGGAGUCAAACGUCGAACCUCCAGAAGGCCCAACUGAUUCUCCAGAAUACAAAGCAUGGGACCAGAUGCGUGAUCGAUGUAGUCGCAUCGAAAACGUGGACAAGAAUGUUGCAACAAGGAAGGAAUAUAUACUUCAACAAUCUUCUGUCUUCCGGUAUGAAUGUGUUCAAGAGACUGUUGCGUGGCUUAAAAAACACGCGGAUAAGAUACAGGGUCUCCCUGAGUGGUUGGAGGAGCAUAAGGAUGACUGGUAUUCUCCAUGUGGUCCGGGAAUUUAAAAAGAUACCCGUGAAGAACACUAUUGUACGCGAGGGCUUGGAAGCAGAGGUACAAGAGACUGUCGAAGUGUGACAACUCCCUCUUGUGUUGUUCCACGUUUCUGACCAGCUCCAGAACUUCAUGUUUGAUCAACGAAUUUGAUCUGAUAUCAAUCACUGUCCA